AAGCCAUCCUUUGAGGACACAAAACAAGAGCUUAUUGAGGAAUACACCCUUCUUUCUCUGCUCAGAGAGAGAGAGAGAGAGAGAGGAAAGGAAGAACUACACUCACUGGAUUUUUUUUUCCCUCCGACCAAAUCACCUGGUACCAUCUAGCCCUGGUAGUUGAUGUCCUUCUUGUUGAAUGUAUCAUAUACUUUAUUCUGGGUUAGCCAUACUCACAAGUUUGUUUGCUUCUUUUUGACAUAAAAAUUAGACUUUUUGCUCAAGUUGUUGACACCCAACUGGUUAGUUGCGUUUUUGGAGUGCCCAUUUGCUCAAACUCCAUUUUCUAUGAUUCUACGACAGCCAAAAUUUUUCUGGGUGUGUUGAAAACCUGAAGAAAGUCUUCAGUUUCAAGCUUCAGAUACAUGGGAGGGGGAGAAAUGCAAAGUGCUAUGCCUGCUGACGAUAAUGGAGGUGGGCUGUUCUCUGAUUCUGAGUUAGGUUUUCAAUGGAGCCCUCAAGAAAGUUGUUUUCAUCCCGGAGGAUUAUUUGCAAGUGUAGGGCAGAUGGGAAGGGGAUUUGGCAUUUCAUCCAAUUCUUUAAGCCCAAAAGGCAACAGUGUGAAGCUUCCAUAUCCAAACCUGUACACAAAAUAUGUGUCAAUGCGAGAUUCUGGGUUUCAGAUUGUAGGGAUGCCAGAACUGGUAAUGGGUGAGGUUAGGGAGGUUGAAGAAGAGGGGUUGGGGAAGAAGAAGAAAAAUAAGAACAGGGCUGGUGGUGGUGGUCUUAAAUUGAAAAUUAGGAUUGCUAAUCCAUCAUUAGGGAGGUUGAUAAGCGGUGCGGUUGCUGGAGCAGUAUCAAGAACAGCGGUUGCUCCGUUGGAGACAGUUCGGACACAUUUGAUGGUUGGGAGCUGUGGACACUCCACAUCUGAAGUGUUCAAAACUGUGAUGAAGAUUGAUGGAUGGAAGGGUUUAUUCAGGGGUAAUUUGGUUAAUGUCAUUCGGGUUGCACCAAGCAAGGCUAUAGAGUUAUUUGCUUAUGAAACAGUUAAGAAGCACUUGACACCUAAAGUUGGAGAACAACCAAAACUCCCAAUUCCUGCCUCACCAAUUGCAGGAGCUGUUGCUGGAGUUAGCUCUACACUAUGCACAUAUCCCCUUGAGUUACUUAAAACUCGACUAACUAUCCAGAGGGGCGUGUACAAAAACCUCUUGGAUGCUUUCCUGAAAAUCAUACAAGAGGAGGGGCCUGCAGAACUAUAUCGAGGCCUCACCCCAAGUCUAAUUGGAGUUGUCCCAUAUGCUGCUACGAAUUAUUUUGCUUAUGAUACAUUAAGGAAAGGAUACAAGAAGGGUUUUAAGCAAGAGGAAAUUGGGAACUUAAUGACCCUCCUAAUUGGAUCUGCAGCCGGUGCAAUUUCUUGUAGUGCAACUUUUCCACUGGAGGUGGCUCGGAAACACAUGCAGGCCGGGGCUCUCAAUGGGAGGCAGUACAAGAGCAUGCUCCAUGCGCUCGCUAGCAUACUUGAAAAGGAAGGCCUUGCUGGUUUGUACAGAGGACUGGGUCCAAGCUGCCUGAAGUUGGUCCCCGCUGCUGGCAUUUCAUUCAUGUGCUAUGAGGCAUGCAAAAGAAUACUGAUCGAGAAAGAGGAUGAUCCAUAGCAAAUAUUAGAAACUUUAUUAUUGUUGACUCCUUUUUUAUAUUUUUUUGGGGGGAAGGGGAGGGGGGGGAGGUGAUGAGACAAAAAGGACUUUAUUCUAAGCUGUUAUUUAUGGAAGCUGAAAAAGAGAAGAGUGAUAUUUGAUUAAUGCAUUGGCUGCCUUGUCAUCACUUUUUGUUUUUUAUUUGAUUCAAGAAUUCAUUUGUCAAGAUGAGGGCAUGAAUUUGGAGUACAA